ACCGAAAACGCACAAGUUGGAAUUUUGAUCCACUUUUGAUUGUUUCUUUUCUGUUUUGGAUUGAAAGUAUUGAACCCCUUUGUUGUUUUAUUUUUUUCAGAUAAAUUUCCAUUUCCUCGCAUCUCUUCUUAUAGCAGCUGAUCUUUUCAUUUCGUAAAGAGUUCUCAUUGACAAUAUAUAUCUAGAUUUCUAUAUAAAAAAGGUAUUUCCUUGUUUUCGUGGUAACCGUUGCUUGUUCCAAAAACUAGAAAAAAAACCUGAUACUAAGCGUCUGUGAUGAUUUAUUCAAGAUUCGUAAGCGCACUAGGAUUUCGAAAUGCUUGCAGGACAAACAAUUUUCAACGUUGUUUUCUCCGCUGUUACAGUCAAGAAUUUCAAGGGAGUGCUGGCAAUAACGUAUACGAGAGAUAUCAAGAGAAACUAAAUCAAAAGGCUAAACAACAAAAUACGCCAGUGGAAAAACUUGUUCAAAAUGCACGCAAAAGUUCCGCUCCUAAAGAAGCAAUUUCUGAAUUUCAAGAGUUAGCGAAAAAAUCAUCCGAGAAACCGCAGGUGAAGAAGGUGAAAAAAUUUCCCGAAUUAAGCGACUUCAUUGACAUUGGCAAAUUUCAAGACCUUCCAGCAUCGGCGAUUGAAAAGCUAUGGCGAGCUAGAAACCUUCAGGAGAACAUUUUGAGUGGUUGCGUUGAAAAGUCCACAUAUGAAAGGAUGAUUUCUCGUGCAAAGAAAUAUCCACUUUUUGUGCUUCCUCUACCUAGAGAAAAUCAAGGCAUGGAAACCCAUUUAAUACAAUGGGGCUUCCCCGGAAAUAACACUGCCCAUCUGAUAAUCACUACUCUGUUAGAAUAUAAACUCAAAAAUGCUUAUGCUACCCCACAUACUGUCCUCAUCCACUUUGCAGAUCUGCUUGAGUCAAAUGGCAUUGCUCUUAUGCGAUGCCAAUUUGAACAUGACAAGUCUUUAAGUUCUUCUGACGUACAGCUAUUAUUGCUUACGGUUCAAAAGUUCUAUAAUGCCUCGCCAGAUAGCGCUUUAGGCAAGGAACGGCUCUCGUUGCUUGAAAACUUCGCAAGUGGAAAGGAUUUUAAUCUUUACAAAGUGGCUGGGCAUAUGGACAUGCUUGAAUAACUGAAAUGAGAUAUGUUUACGAAUUGUACAUUGAACGAUAAAAUAAUUGUUUAUGCCUUCUCCCUUACAAGAUACCCCAUGUUCAUUGAAUUUCAAGCUUUACUAGUAACUAGUGACUAGGAACUAGAAAUAAGGGAAACAACCAAGCCAAAACGAAAGAAUAAAAAUCCAUCUUGAAAGAUGUAACAUUUACUUCACAGUCUACAUAAAAUCCUCAAAGUCGUCUGCAUAGUCAUCGUAUUCGUCUUCGACAUAAUCUUCGUAGACGGAUUCAUCAACGGCUCCUCUUUUAGAAUUCGUGUUCACCGUAGGUUUGGCAGUCUUUUUAGCAGCAUUCGUAGUAGGAGCAGGAGCAGGAGCGGGAGUAACGGUAGCACCGCGCUUCGAUUGAGCCUUUUCUUGUUGCUCUUUUUGAGUGACAAUUCUAUUGACAGACUUCUGAAUAGACUUGACAUUAGCAGCAGUUAAACUAGUAAGCAAUAGAGGAAUUAACUCUUGAACAAAGUCAUUGUAUUCAGAGGAAGUUUGAGAGUGUUUAAUUUUGCGAAGGAUUUCAGCCUGAAAGGCGGCAUAGUCUGCUUUGGUUCUCAGCUCGCGUUGUUGUUCAGCUUGUCUAGCACGGUUACCACUGGCGGUAUUUUGAUCAACAAUGUCAAAAAGGUCCAUAGCAUUGGCUAAGUCUGAGUCAAUUUCCGCUUGGCGCACUUGUUCUUUGGAGGCACUAGCAGAUUUUGCGGCUUCCUCACUGGCCUUGAUAGCUUUUUCAAUGUUGCGUUCUUGGAUACGUUGUUUCAUACGAUCAGUUUUAGUGAGCUUUGGUUCGCUAGAAUCGGGAGACGUAUUUUGGUUGUUUUUGUUAUUGUUGGUUUGAGGUUCUUCUUCUUCUUCGUCUUCUUCAUCAUCGAAUCUCUUUUUGGGCUUUUGAGUACUUCCCAAUGGAAGUUCAACUUCAGUAGCCUUACUAGGCUCCUCAACCAAAAAAUCCUCUAUUUUAAGAUCAGUUUUUGACUUUCUACAUUUCUACAUACCCCAACUAUCCAUAGUACAACGUAUCUUUUCUAAGUCUUAAGGACUGCAAUUUUUGGUGGUAAGGGAAGAAAAACUUUGUCACAAAAUUUAUAAAAACAACUUUGCGAAGAAGUAAAGCUUAUGUAUGAGUUUAUAAUUCGUUUUCUUUUUCUUUUCUACAAAAUCAAAAACAAAAAGGAAAAAUAAAUAAAUGAAUAGAAGAAAGAAAAUGAAAGAACCAAAGAAGGAUUCGCUUACAAAAGAUGUAAAGAUUCUUGUAUUGCUCGGACUUGCUAACCUUUCAAGAAGUAUUUUGACAUAUUACAAACUUAAACUGCAAUUUCUAUCUGCUAUUGUUUCAUUCUUACCUUCCUCUCACACUUAAUAUAUUCGUUUGUGUACAUCAUAUUAACCUCUCAAUAAAAUAUUUGAAAAAUAACCAAG